AUGUCUAAAGAAAAUGUGAGAAGGAAUGUGGUGGAGAAAAACAAUAGUAGUCCAAAUUUAAGGAGAACUAAAGAGAAACCAUCAUCAACUCAAAGUCUCUUAUCAAAGCACUUGAAGAAAGUUUAUCCUGUUGGGAUACACAAAACAAGCUCACUGCUUUCCCUAUCCUCACUUUCUUUAACUCUUUCACAUAACUCGAGCGGGUCCUUCACAGACUCUUCUACGACGCUCGAGCAAACCAUUUCAUCUGCGCUGCAACUCAUUGCACCAACACCAACUCCAGCACCGGCCCCUAGAAGCAGAGAGGUACCCAUUACUAAAACUAGUGUUCAUAGCCCAGUUCCACAAGAGAGUUUGGAUUGUAACAACGGUGAAGAAGGGUUGAAAAGAUGCAACUGGAUUACGAAAAGCAGUGAUAAGCUUUAUGUACAAUUUCAUGACGAGUGCUGGGGAGUUCCGGUGUAUGAUGAUAACCAACUGUUUGAGCUCCUAUCAUUGUGUGGAAUGUUGAUGGAUUACAAUUGGACUGAAAUAUUGAAAAGGAAGACUCUUUUUAGGGAGGCAUUUGCUGGAUUUGAGCCAAACGUUGUUGCUAAGAUGGGUGAGAACGAGAUCAUGGAAAUAGCGUCUAACAAGGAGAUAAUGUUAGCUGAAAGUCGAGUUAGAUCCAUAGUUGACAAUGCCAAAUGCAUCCUCAAAAUUGCUAAAGCACAUGGAUCAUUUAGUGGAUAUAUGUGGAGUUCAGUAAACUAUAAACCAACCAUUAACAGAUGCAAACAUUCAAGAAAUGUACCUCUAAGAACACCAAAAGCAGAAGCCAUUAGCAAAGAUUUAUUGAAACAUGGCUUUCGACUUGUCGGUCCAGUGAUCGUUUAUUCAUUCAUGCAAGCUGCUGGUAUGAGCAUUGACCAUCUUGUUGACUGUUUUAGGUUUAGUGAAUGUGUCAAUCUUGCUGAAAGACCUUGGAGACAUGUCUAACAUCAAGUAUUUAUUGAAUAUUAAUUUAUAGGAUAUAUAUAUACAGUUUGUUGUUUAUGUUAACAUGAUUAAUUUUAUUUCACAAGUAAUGUAUUUUAAUUAAUUUGGUUUGUGUUGAUGUAUAUGCAAUGUAAUGUAAUGUAAUGUAUUGGC